GUGCAACGAGACACGGCCGCCGGUUGGGCGAUCAUUGCGAGGUGAAGGCGCAACCGGAGCAACGCAGUUCCAUUCAGUAUACCGACGACCGUAGUGCCGGUAAGAGGCAUCUCGCUCCUCAAGUGUGUCUCGACACAUGCGCGUUCUUCAUCUGACCGCGAUCAGAAUUCCGCGGCGUUUCUCCUCGGCAUCGCGUUCGGCGCGACGCGUAUGUGCGUUCGCUCCGUUUGGACAAGUAGAUUAGCAGCAGACGGACGCGUAGAGUACAACCCGAUCGCCGGCUUAUCGGCUGGUAGAAGUGGUCGGUAGUUGUUUCGUAAGCCCUAGGUAAGGCCGAGCUACGACGCCACGACUCGUCGCGAGCUUUCGCAGUUCGAGAAAUGACAGGCUGAGCGAUCGAUCGCUCCAGCCACGGAGAAGCCGAACGCAACUCUCGUGAGGAAACCUGAGGCGGGAUUACGCACGUCGACUUCGCCGACGGUGUCCGUGCACGUCGCGUACACACCACCAGCAAACAUGACGUACCUGUACUCCAUCGGGGAAGUGAUCGUCUUCCUGGCGCUGUCGAUCUUCGCGAUAGUGGAGAGCAUCGUCAAGACCUUCAUACCGAAUAAGUACAAGAUGAAGAGCAUCAGCGGCGAGAUCGCCCUUGUCACCGGGGGUGGCGGUGGUUUAGGCAGACUUCUGUCUCUCAGGCUGUCUAAGCUGGGCGCCAUCGUGAUCGUCUGGGACAUCAAUGAGAGCGGCAUUCAGGAGACCGUGAAGUUGGUUCAGGCGGCUGGCGGCACAUGUUAUGGCUACGUUUGCGAUUUAUGUGAUCGGGAGGACAUAUACAAAAAAGCCAAUAUUAUCAAAGAAGAGAUUGGCAAGGUGACGAUUCUCAUCAACAACGCGGGCGUCGUCACGGGUCUGAGGCUGAUGGACACUCCGGACAAGCUUAUCAUCAGGACGAUGGAUGUCAACAUCAUGAGCCAUUUCUGGACCGCGAAGGCGUUCCUCCCGACGAUGAUGGAGAACAACAAGGGACACAUCGUGAGCAUAGCGAGCUUGGCCGGUCAAUGCGGCGUUUCGAAAUUGGUGGACUAUUGCGCGUCCAAGUUCGCGGCGGUCGGAUUCGACGAGGCUCUGCGGAUGGAACUUGAGUACGAGGGAUACGACAUCAAUACCACGGUCGUGUGCCCUUAUUUCAUUCGCAGCACCGGCAUGUUCGACGAUGUUCAGUCCAGAUAUGUCCCGACUCUGAGUCCGAAUGACGUAGCCGAUCGGAUUAUAACGGCGAUGAGGUGCAACGAGAAGUACGCCAUAAUACCAGGAUACAUGCGGAUAUUGUUGAUCUUAAAGUGGUUGUUCCCGUGGGCGUGCAGUGCGAUGUUCCUCCGCGGACUGGUCCGAGACGCCGCGCCGGCUUCCCAACGUCAGUCGUGCGCGGCCACGACCGCGAGUGACUGCAACGUGCCGUCCAAGGAUCAAAACGGCGCGACUAUUCACCAACAGCUGGCCAGACGUGUCUCCAGCUCGGAGAGAAAGCCCUGAGAGCCCUGGUGCGACCUUUACGUCUUCCAGCGAGUUCUCGGCGAACGAAUGGUAAAGGUCGCGCUGUCUAAGCGUAGAUAUAAAACAUUCCCACACACCCACUCACACUCACGCGCGCGCACGCGCGCACACACACACACACACACACACGCACGCACGCACGCACACAUUAUAUAUAUAUAAUUCCGGCGAUUAUACGAUGGCGACUCGUUUCAUAAUCGAGUCGUCUUGCUUGAUAUUGCGCAAAAUUGAGACGAGUACCUCGAAGCGAGGUAACCGAAGGAAAGCGGCACGACGGUCGACGUGAAUUCUCCGUUCAGGGAGCCGCUCUUGGACGAAAGAUACUCGGCGGCCGGGACGUCUCGACGACUCCUUUUGCGCUCCCGUAUGUCUACGCAAAGAAAACAAACGUAAUCACCACCUUGCAGCGUGGAAUGUGAUCAUGAUAUUGACGACGAAUCGUCCUUCCUCUCGUGCCUUCGUGUGCGUGAUUUUAAUUUCAAAGCGCGUCGCGCAAUUACACUCGGGUUGCACUCCAAAGCAUCCUUCUUGAGGAAAUCUUAUUCAAUACUUUACGGUAUGUGUAACGUGAAUUAUAAGUAUUGAGUACACAAUUUUUCCCAAAAAGGACGUUUUGAAAUGCAACCUUGGCGAUACGUGUCGCGGCGAGGCGACGCGUAACACAUCUGUGCUUCCAACUACAACCUGUUCCGCUUACGAGAGUGCGCCGAUCGAUACACUUUCUCACGUCACGUCCGGUCAGCUUGUUUUGUUUUUUGGAUAUGGGUGACGUUUCUGUUCUUCCACUUUUCAAGUGGCGGGUAGUGGACAACAAAUAUGCCGUUUUGCGGAGAAAUGUGAUACCGAUAUGAGACGAGCGACGUUAAUAUUAGCGUAUAAGGGGGAAUAUUAUUAGGACACCAUGUUGGGGAAAUUGGCGAUUCUGCGAAAACUCACGGGAGAGACACCGUUUUUCCCUCGCGCGUGCGCGAGCUAUCUUCUCUUCAAACGCGCGCGGCGAACGCUCGAGUUACACGAGAACGACGGAUAUUACGACGUACCAAAUUAAUGUACGAACGCGAUACGCGAUAAAAGUUGCGCAGUUUAAGCUUCACUCUUCCAAAGCGUAGUUUUUAAGUGACAAUUUAUCCGGUAAGAACAAUUUAUGCGGUCGCACGUAAGGAUGUUGUACAGAGUGAGCGUGUACAUAUAUGUACGCUGAGAGAAAAUGUAUCUAGAGAAAAAAUUGCGAAUAUUUAUUUGGUGAGUAUAACAUCAGUUGCUAACAACAUUCAAAUCUAAAUUCUUUCAUUUCAAUAGAACGAACGAUCGCUUUCACGACAUUUUCAAGCUAAGAAGCUCUCUUGAGGCUUCAAGAAAAUCUAUAUUUCCUUGUUUAAAACAUAUUUUAUAUUAGUACAGGAGUAUACAAAAAAUAUAUGUUAUUAGCGCAACUACCGAAUAAAUACUUCCUAUUUCUUAGAUACUUGUUUUCUCUCCAUAUACGGGACACGUGUACAUAUGUGCAUACGUCUGAGAUAACAUAUGUAAGUAAAUUUUCGCUUGCGAGACGAUUUGAACACAUUUUUCUUUUGGUAAUGUUAGAAACGAAACUGUCAAAAGUGGUUUCAAUUAUGAAAUACUGUUUUAAUAGAGAUCCAAGUGACACGUCAGACGUUCGAUUUUGUUACAAUUGCAACGAAAAAUUAAAAAGAAAAAGUUUUUUCUUACUUUAAAAUAUAUUUUUCUUAUUUUUUGCUUUAUUAUAAUAUCUUGUUCACACUUUUCGUAGCACAUAUUAGUUUUAUUAGUGCAACACCACUUCGAUUCUUGUCAAAUUCGAUUACUACGCGAGUCCGUAAAUAACAGUUUGCAACUUGUGCAAUUGUGAUUAUCUAAUGCGCCUCCAAUUUCACUGGAAAAAAUGUAUUCGGGUCGUUUCGCAAACGUAUGCCCGAGUCUUAUAUACUUUAUCGCGGUUACUUGGGGGGUGUUUUCAGAAUGAGGAAGUUCAGACAUUAGAGUUAUGUAAAAGGUAAGAAAAGAAAAGAAGUCUUACUUUAUUUUCGAUACUAAGUAGUCUUAGUAUGCGUAUAAACGAGGGAUAUUUUUGGACGACAAUUUUAUCGACGCGAGGGAGAUAGCGUCGACAUGGAAAUGUAUAUUACUCUUAUGGAUGAACAUUGUAGCGAUACCUUUGAGUAAAAGUGGCAGCAUGCACAAAUCUCCUCCUUA